CAAAUCAGACAGCUUCAAGACCCAAGUAUUAGCACAUAGCCCCCCACACUAUGCACUAUUUCCCACCAAACUCUCUUCCCCACAAAAAAAAAAAAAAAAACAAAGAAUGUUAAAGUUCAUUAAAAUAAGCGCACAAGCUGUUAACUUUACCAGCUUUAAUUUCAUUGGUAUUUUAUAGCAGCAGCAACCACUCUGCUGCAUACCAGCAAAGUGGCAAUCCCAGAGGCUUUUGAGCCGAUUCUUGCUCCAAUUUGGCUGAAUUUCUACUUGGGUUGGUUUGUUUGAAGGUGCUCUGUGACUGUGAGGUUCUGUUACAAGAACCCAUUCCAGCUCUGCCAUUACUGAUCAGCUAACUGGAAAGAUGGAGCGGACCAGAUUUAAUAUGAGGAUGCGUUGUUCCGGUUCAACACCAUCAGAGGAGUCAGUUUUAGAUCUUGAAAGAAACUGUUACAGUCAUUCUAAUUUGCCUUCCUUAAGUCCACCAACACUUCAACCUUAUGCAUCAGCUGGACAGCAUUGUGAGACCAGUGCUGCUUACUUUUCAUGGCCUACCUCAAGCCGAUUGAAUGAUGCUGCUGAAGAGAGGGCAAACUAUUUCACUAAUCUACAGAAAGGGGUCCUGCCUGAAACUCUUGGUCAAUUGCCAAAAGGGCAGCAAGCGACUACAUUGCUUGAACUGAUGACUAUAAGGGCAUUUCAUAGCAAGAUUUUGCGGUGUUACAGUCUUGGAACAGCAAUUGGGUUUCGUAUUCGACGGGGUGUGUUAACUGACAUACCAGCUAUUCUUGUCUUUGUUGCCAGAAAGGUUCACAAGCAAUGGCUCAGCCCGAUACAGUGUUUACCCACUGCCUUAGAGGGUCCUGGAGGUGUAUGGUGUGAUGUGGAUGUUGUAGAAUUCUCAUAUUUUGGUGCACCUGAGCCAGCUCCCAAAGAACAAUUGUACACAGAAAUUGUAGAUGAUUUGCGUGGAGGUGAUCCAUGCAUUGGCUCAGGUUCUCAGGUGGCAAGCCAGGAGACAUAUGGAACAUUGGGUGCUAUAGUAAGGAGCCAAACUGGCAAUCGGCAAGUUGGUUUUCUCACAAAUCGGCAUGUUGCAGUUGACUUAGAUUACCCAAAUCAGAAGAUGUUUCAUCCCCUACCUCCUUCACUUGGACCUGGGGUAUAUCUUGGGGCAGUGGAGAGAGCUACCUCAUUUAUCACAGAUGAGCUUUGGUAUGGCAUCUUUGCUGGAAUUAACCCAGAGACAUUUGUGAGAGCAGAUGGGGCAUUCAUUCCUUUUGCUGAUGAUUUUGACAUGUGUACUGUUAUUACAUCCGUGAAAGGAGUAGGAGAGAUUGGUAAUGUUAAGAUAAUUGACUUGCAGUCCCCAAUCAGUACGCUUAUUGGAAAGCAGGUGAUGAAGGUUGGAAGAAGUUCUGGCUUGACUACUGGAACUGUAUUGGCCUAUGCCCUCGAGUACAAUGAUGAGAAAGGCAUAUGCUUCUUAACUGAUUUUCUUGUUGUUGGUGAGAACCAACAAACAUUUGACCUUGAAGGAGACAGUGGGAGCCUCAUAAUAUUAAAAGGCGAGAAUGGGGAGAAGCCACAGCCAAUUGGGAUCAUAUGGGGUGGUACUGCUAACCGAGGCCGACUUAAAUUGAAAAUUGGUCAACCUCCUGAGAAUUGGACAAGUGGAGUUGAUCUCGGACGUCUUCUCAAACUCCUUGAACUCGACCUCAUUACAACUGAUGAAGGUGUUAAAGUGGCAGUACAAGAACAAAGGACUGCUUCGGCAACAGCAAUUGGGUCGACUGUCGGUGACUCUUCCCCUCCUGAUGGGAUGCUUCCAAAGGAAAGACCUGAGGAGAAGUUUGAGUCACUGGGUCUCCAAAUUCAGCAUAUCCCUUUAGAAGCUGAACCCAGCAGCUCACUGUCCUUGGUGGAGACAGAGUUUCAUCUGGAAGAUGGUAUCAAGGCGGUUCCUAGUGUUGAACAUCAAUUUAUACCAAGCUUCCUCGGAGGAUCCCCACUACAUAAAAAAAAUCAGAUGGGUAGAACAGUUUCUGAGAAUCUCUCGUCACUGAGGAAUGGUUGCGACGAAGAUAUUUGCUUUUCACUGCAGUUGGGUGACAACGAAGCCAAGAGAAGACGUUCAGGUGCUUCGACCAGUGCUGAAGAACCAAAAUGAACUUGAUUACUACUGGCUUAAGCUUGGCGAACCAACCCAUUUUGCAUGCCAGGAACCCUAUGUUAAGAUUUGCUAACCCUCAGUGAGGUAUUAUGUUGCAAGUAUAAAUUUCAAGCUCAAACAACGUGCAUGUCUGGUUGACUUGGGUACAAGUAAACAUUUGUAAUUUUGUUAUAGAGCAAUUGUGAUCCAGCUCUCAUGUUGAGCUUUUGAAUAUGAAGCUUUGGAGUAUGGACAUGCCAUCAUAAUUUUGGAUCCAAUACUCCUUGUCACCUUAAA